UCAGUUUUCAGUUACCCAUCAUUCUAAGCCUUUUCUCUGUCGUCCCUCUGAGUUCUCAUCCCUCCAUGGCGUCCAUUUCUCCACUCCCUUCUCGUCACCUCUCCUUCUCCACCACCAACUUCCAUUCCCCAACUCCAUUUCUCAAACCUCAUUCCUCUGCUGCUUCUCCUCCUCCUCCUCUUCCAUCAUCCCAUUCCCACUCCAUCUGCCACUCUCACAACCCUGAUUCUCCUCCGUCUGAACCUUCCCUUCCCUGGGGAUGGAGCUCUGCGCUUCAGGGCCUUUUUCAAACCGCCCUCGAACGCCUCGAUUCUCUCGUGAACCACCGUAGCGAUGGUUCUAACGAUCCUCGUUCCGACGGUCGCGUUCUGCAGGGGCGGCGUAAAGAUGGGGAUGAUGAUUAUGGGAGCUGGGAUUGGGAUCGGUGGCGCAAGCAUUUUGACGAAGUGGAUGAACAGGAGCGUCUCGUUUCUUUUCUUAAGUCGCGCUUAAGUCAUGCGGUAUAUGCAGAGGAUUAUGAGGAUGCUGCAAGGUUCAAGGUGGCGCUUGCGGCUUUGGCUACAAAGGAUACUGUUGGCAGAGCAAUGUCUCAUCUUCAUAGAGCUAUCGAGGAGGAGCGUUACCGGGAUGCAGCCUUCAUUCGAGACAAUGCUGGUGCCGGGCUGGUUGGCUGGUGGUCUGGCACUUCAAAAGACAAUCAUAAUCCUCGUGGUCUAAUUAUUCGAAUAACGGCAGAACAUGGAAGAUACAUAGCAAGAAGUUAUAGUCCUCGGCAGCUUGCUACGGCUGCAGAUGGUGUUCCCUUGUUUGAGAUUUUUCUUGGAGUGAAUAAGAAGGGUGAAUACAAACAGCAGGCUGUGUACUUGAAGCGGAAAGGAGAUUUCUCAGAUAGUUCAAAUGGUUCAUCAAAAGAAUUAGAUUCACCUAGUCUAUUGAAUCCUUUUGACCCUGUUGAAGAAAAGGAUGAUAUUUUCAUUAUAGAUGGUGAAGAAGCUGAAGAUGGUGACAUCAGGAAUGAAGAUUCUGAUAUAGCUGUUGGACUUCCAGUCUUUCAGGAUAUCUUGAGAGAUAUGAUUCCUGGAGGGAAGGUCAAGGUUUUGAAGCUAACAACCUCUGGAAAGGUUGACAAGGACGUGAUAUCCAAGGUGAUUGAGCAAAUAAUUGAGGAGGAAGAAGAUGAAGAAGGGGAAGACGAUGAAGAAGAGGAAGAGGAAGAGGAAGACGAUGGAGAAAGUGAGAAAGAGAGCGGCUUUGAAGAUUUGGAAGUAGAAGACAAAAUUAAGGAUGAACAUCAAGAGAAUGAUGCUGAAUUGAUUGCUGAUGAUGGUUUCCUUAAUCAGGGGCAAAAUGAAGUUGCUGUCAAAAUCAUUGUAGGUGGCUUAGAGCAGAAGCUUUCCGGUGGCUUUUCUGCUAAAAAUACACUCAGAGUACCUGCAAAGUUAGAAAAGAAGGGACGUUCUUCAUUUUCUUUCUCGAUUGUGAAAGAUUCGAAUGAACAGGACUCUAUCGGAAAAGAACUAAAUUCCAUGGAUAGGAUGUCCAAGUCUCGAGGUCGAAGUAGUAAUGACUAUGUUAUGCUAGAUUUGGCCAAACUUAUUGGCAAGGAGAAGAUACCGCUUAAGGUACUUAAAAAUUUGAGUGAGUUAAUAAAGCUAUCCAUCAGCCAGGCACAGAACUAUCAACCUCUUUCCGGAUCCACAAGUUUCAAUCGCAUUGAUAUACCGACUUCUUCAGAUCCUCUGAAUGGACUGUACAUUGGUGCACAUGGAAUGUAUACAUCGGAUAUUAUUCAUCUAAGACGCAGAUUUGGUCGAUGGCAAGAGGAUGGAGGAGGGGAUAAGGAGACUUCAAAGCUUGAAUUCUAUGAAUAUGUAGAGGCCUGGAAAGUUAUUGGGGAUCCAUAUGUACCAGCUGGCAAGGUGGCAUUUCGUGCGAAGGUUGGAAAAAAAUACCAGCUUCCUCAUAAAGGGAUCAUUCCUGAAGAAUUUGGAGUGAUUGCUAGAUAUAAAGGACAAGGGAGGCUAGCUGAGCCAGGUUUUCGCAACCCUCGAUGGGUUGAUGGUGAACUUGUUAUUCUUGAUGGAAAGCACAUCAAAGGAGGACCUGCGGUCGGAUUUAUUUAUUGGGCUCCUGAAUUUCAGUUCCUGGUGUUUUUUAAUCGACUGAGGCUGCAAGAGUAGAUUUCAUGUUUUCUAAACUGAAAUCUCAAGCUUGUUCUUUCAUUAGUGCUUCGGUCGUUCUUCAACGAGGCUUGAGCAUACGUUGUCCAGUAGUAGGCGAUGCAAAUUUGAAUUGGCUUGACUUCGGUGUUGGGAUUGAGUGUCGUGCAAUCGCAAAAUCCGCUAUCAAGAAAAGUGUGAUUGUGGCAAGUGGUAUCAGUGCCUUGUUAGCUCUUUGACGCAUUGAGACCGAAACAAUGUUGACGAGAAAAUCAGCACCUAAAUCACAAGUGGACCGACUUACCUUGAUAGAAGAAGACAUGUUUCUAAAAGAAAUCCAUGACACUGUCAGUUUCUUGGAAGGACAAGUGACAAAAUUGAAUAAAAAAGUUGAGGGGAUCGAUACAAUUGGUGCUUGCCUGGAUGGGUUGUCGAUUAAAGAAUUGAUGUAUAGAGUUGACUCAUUAGAGGAAAGAGUUGCCUGAAUGAGCAACUCAGAACAUGUUAAUGGUCUUGACAACUUUGUCGCACACAUGGAAGGACGUGUCAAAGAGCUAGGCGGUUUACAAAAGACCAUGCUGAAGUUGUUCAAUGAAUUAGUUGAUGAAUUUAGAACAAUGAUUGAUGGCAUCAGGGGAGAGAUGGCCGAAACGAACACCCAAGUGAGUUUGACAAUGAGGGACAUAGAGAAUCACACCCCAAGCCAAGCUUAUGUCGGGCUUUACAAACUGAAGAACCCUAACUCCAAAGCCUGGAACCUGGAUGCCAAGGAAUUGGAGAACUUUAUCUUUGACGUAGAACAAUAUUUUAAAGCUACAGGAACUUGUCCCAAAGACUUGAAAGUUAUGUUAGCCACCAUGCAAUUCGUGAACAAUGCAAAAUUCUGGUGACACUUGAAGGUGAAUGAUAUCCAAAGUGGGUGAUGCACUGUCGACUCAUGGUAAGAUCUCAAGAAAGAGUUGAGGACUCAAUUCUUCCUCGAAAAUGUUGAAUUUAUAGCAAGACGGAAACUGCAAGAACUGAGACACACUAAAGACAUAAGAGACAAUUUAAAUAGUUCUCAGCUUUGAUGUUAUUCAUCAGGGAUAUGUUGGAGAAGGACAAAGUAUUCCGCUUUGUCGAAGGAUCGCAAGUUUAUUGCUCUGGCACACACUAGAGACAUAAGAGACUAUUUAAUUAGUUCUCAGCUUUGAUGAUAGACAUCAGGGAUAUGUUGGAGAAGGACAAAGUAUUCUGCUUUUCCAAGGAUUGCACGUUUAUUGCUCUGACCCAGGGUUGCAAUCACCCGAAUGUUUUUUCCUUCUCCAACAUAUCCCUGAUGUCUAACAUAAAAACUGAGAACUAUUUGACAUAGUCUCUUAUGCCUAUAGUGUGUCUCAAUUCUGGUAGUUUCUAGUUCAACAUUUUCGAGGAAGAAUUGAGUUCUCAACUCUUUCUUGAGGUCUUCUCAUGAGUCGACGAUAGUGCAUGACCCAUUUUGGAUAUCGUUCACCUUCGAGCACCAUCAGAGUUUUACAUCGUCCACGAGAUGCAUUAUGGCUAACGUAAUUUUCAGGUUUUCGGAACAAGUUCCUGUAGCUAAGUCUUUGAUCGGCAAUUCCCUUCGAGCUAAGUCUUUCCUCUAAUGAGUCAACUCUAAACAUCAAUUCUUUGGUUGGCAACCCAUCCAGGCGGGCUUCGAUUCCCAUAACUUUUUUAUUCAAUUUUGUAAUUCAUCCUUCCAAGAAACGGUCAAUGUCGUGGACUUCUUUUAGGAACAACAUUUACUCUUCUAUAAAGUUAAGUUGGUCGACUUGUGAUUUAGGUGUCGAUUUUGUUGUCAACAUUGUUUCGGUCUCAAUGCGUCAACGAGCUAAAAAUGCUCUGAUACUACUCGUCACAAUCACACUUUUCUUGGCAGCAGAUUGUGGGACACUCACUCUCCCAACACCAAGUGAAUCAAGUCAAUUUGAAUUUGCAUAGCCUACGGCCGGGCAACAUAUGCUCAAGCCUUUGGCCCCGUUUUAAGAAAAAGAUUUUAGAAAACAGGGGAAAGAUAUUUUUGAAAAUAAGAUUGAAAGCAAUGUUAUAGACUAUAUAUAAGCGAGAAAGGCAACACAAUGACUUAGAUAUAACACUGGGUAGGAAGAAUUGACGAUUAGUCGCAUCCACCUACAGUACAUUUUGAGACGAUUCAGGUCUGGCAAGUCUAGACAUGAUUCCAUCGAACAGUCAUACAAAAUCUGGGGAGGGAGAAUUGACAACUAGUUGCAUCUCCUUAUAGUACAUUUUUAGACUCUUUAAGUCUGGCGGACUUAGAUAUGAUUUUACCGAAUAGUAAGACAAUACAACAUGAAAUUAAAUAAAAAGUUUGGCAUGACAUGGACAUGCGGUCAUGGGGAACACGCACCGAACGAGCAUGACCAUGACAAUAUGCACGCAAAUGGGCAGCACACUCGCAACGAGUUUUAGUCAUCGCACAUUGCAAGGGUGCAUGUGUGCCCACAAGCAUCCUGACCAAGGCUGAUUCAAGGUCUCUUGGAAAGGUGUCAGGACAAGCUGGGACAACAUACUUUGACCCUUACACGACAUGCAACAAGGGGCAUCAUUUGCCAAACACACUCAGAUAGCUUUAAGAGAAAUCUCCUUUGAAAAAAUUGCAACAGUGCCAGAAGAUUUAAAGCCCUCGAUUAAGGAUCAUCAGUAUAUGAGCAAGCAAAGCGAGCCAUUUGUUAUCAACUGACUCAUCACUCACAAGCACACUGGCCUCACUAACUUGAUCACCAAAGCUUUGUCAACGCUCACUCUUGGGUCUCAAAUUACUUCCCCUUUUCUGGGAAAUUCUUUCCAUCCUUGCAUAUAUUAAUCUGUUCUUUUGCUCAAUCAACUCUUAAACAUCAAGUUUUGUGGUGAUUAUAUAAACAGUGAUGUAGCUUUGAUGCUGUUAAUAUCUUGUUGCUUUAGUUGUGUCUUAUUUCCGAUUGUAGUAGGUUGAGGUAUCGUUUGUUAGUCGGUUUGGAGUCUCGAACAAGAACACCAUUAGACUCAUCUGUUAAUAUCAUGAGAAGUUUAGUAUUUUUAUGAA